UCGAAGAUGGCGGACAAAAUGAAGUUUAAGGAAGGAGCUUUGGAAACCCUUGAAAAACUACAAAAAGCACACGAAAAACUUGCUGCAGAACAAGAUCUAGAGGCCCAAGAGAAAAAGGAGAUAGCUUAUUUAAAGAAAAGAGUCCAGCAGUUGAAAAAGAAAAGGAAUCAACUUUCUCAGCAGCUUCAAAAUGAUUAUCAUCAAGUAAUACAAGACUAUGUACAACAUAGUGAUAAUCCAGACUAUUUAAAGGAACUCACUGAUUCUGAGAAAGAGGAGAUUUUAAAUGCAGCUUACGCUUUACGGUGCAAAAAGCUCAGAGAUUUGUGUGAUGCCUACAGACUUGCAGGAGUGUCCAUUGAAUCUGAAUACUCCUCCAAAAUUAAUUUCAGACUUGACAUAUUCAAUGGUGGUCAACACCAUGAUACCUACUACAUUGAAAUACAAUCUGGAGAUCAACUUAAGAUUUCAAGGCAUACCCUUCCUUAUGUUAUCCCAAUAACAGCCAUUGAAAAGAACUUCCUUAACACAGAUGUACAGGCAUUUUUCACUGAAUUGUUAAAAGAACUUAAUAUUUUUGCUUCACAAAAAGAAAAGGAUAAAGGAAAGAUGCCUUAGAAGAAUAUCUUUAUGCCAAGCAGUCCACAGAUAACUUUCAUCACCACUUAACAUCAUCACCAGCACCAAUAAGUCCAUCAUCAUCAACAUUACCUCCAUCAUCACUAUCACCAUCAAAAUGAACAUCACAACCAACA